CCGAAAGCACUCGCCCACUCCGGGACUGGAGGGCUGAGCUGCCCGGCCUGGGACCCGAGGCUGGGAGGGAUUCUGGCCCCUCCGACCCACAGGCACGGGGCUGAGUGGGAGCAGCUGUGGGGUGUCUGCCCCCCCUCUGGGGGGGCAGGCAGGGCCUCCGGCUGCGGUGCCACUUAGCACCUGGAAGAUGCCUGUGCCCUGGUUCCUGCUGUCCUUGGCACUAGGCCGAAGCCCAGGGGUCCUCUCUCUGGAGAAGCUGGUGGGGCUCCAGGACACUGCCCGCUGCUCUCUGGGCCUGUCCUGCCACCUCUGGGAUGGCGACCUGCUGUGCCUGCCUGGGAGCCUGCAGCCGGCCCCGGGGCCCGUGCUGGUGCCCACGGGCCUGCAGACAGAGCUGGUGCAGAGGUGCCGCGGGGAGUCCGCCUGUGAGCUGUGCGUGCGCGUGAUCAUCCACCUGGCUGUGCACGGCCCCUGGGAAGGGCUGCGAGAUGAGGAAGCGCUGGGGGCAGCCGCUGACCCAGCGUCCGAGGAGGCCAGGAACGCCUCCCUCCAGGCCCAGGUCACACUGUCCUUCCAGACACCCCCCUUCUCACGCUGCGUCCUGCUGGAGGUGCAGGCGCCCGCUGUGCUGGUGCGGCCUGACCGCUCUGUGGGCUCUGUCGUGUUCGACUGCUUUGAGGCCGCUCUGGGGGCCGAGGUGCACAUCUGGGCCUCCACCCAGCCGCGGUACCAGCAGGAGGUCAACCUGACACAGCAGCUGCCCGACUGCAGGGGGCUGGAAGUCCGGGACAGCAUCCAGAGCUGCAGGGCCCUGCCCUGGAUCAGCGUGUCUGCGGACGGCGACCAGGUGCACCUGCUGCUGGCCGUCCCCGACGAGCAGCGCUUCUGCGUGUCCCUGUACUGGCACCAGCUCCACGGCCCCCCGAAGCCCCGGGGGCACAGCAACCUGACUGGGCCACAGACCAUAACCUUGAACCACACAGACCUGCUCCCCUGCCUCUGUCUUCAGGUGUGGCCCCUGGAGCCUGAUGCCGUCAGGACAAGCAUGUGCCCCUUCAGGGAUGACCCUGGCGCACACCAGAACCUCUGGCGGGCCGCCCGGUUGCGCCUCCUGCCCCCGCGGAGCUGGCGGCUGGACGCGCCCUGCGCGCUGCCCGCCGAGGCCGCGCUGUGCUGGCAGGCCCCGGGCGGAGGCCCCUGCCAGCUGCUGGCGCCGCCGCUGCCCCGAGAGAACGUCACUGUGAAUAAGCCCCUUGAGCUCCCAGUCCUGACGGGCCACGCCAACCUGUGUGUCCAGGUGAGUGACUGGGAGAAGCUGCAGCUGCAAGAGUGCCUGUGGGCUGAAUCCCUGGGCCCCCCCAAGGAUGAUAUGCUGCUGGUGGAGUCAAGAGGCCCUCAGGACAACAUAUCGCUCUGUGCCUUGGAGCCCAGUGGCUGCACCCCACUGCUGGGCGGGGCUUCCACGAGGGCAGCUCGCCUCGGAGGACGAUUACUGCAGGACCUGCAGUCAGGCCAGUGUCUGCAGCUGUGGGAGGACGACCUGGGCGCGCUGUGGGCCUGCCCCAUGGACAAGUAUGUCCGCCGGCGCUGGGCCCUGGUGUGGCUGGCCUGCCUGCUCUUAGCCGGGGCGCUUUUCCUUCUCCUUCUCCUCAGAAGGGGCCGCGUGAAAGCAGUAGCCGCCAGGGGCCGCGCGGUUCUGCUGCUGCACUCGGCCGACGACGCGGGCUUCCAGCGCCUGGUGGGCGCCCUGGCGUCGGCGCUGAGCCAGCUGCCGCUGCGCGUGGCCGUGGACCUGACAGAGGGCCGGCGGCUGCCCCCGGGGCCGAGCGCCCGGCCACGCACCCCGCGGUAA